GAUGAAUUAGAUAGAUGUAUUUAUGAAUGCUAGCAAUAGAAUUAAUAGUAAUCUUUAUUAAAUAGCUGCUCAAAUCAGAUAAACGAAAAGUUUUAUUGGAGAAGAAGAUAGCAGUUCAAAAUAAUAAAAAUAAACAGAAGAUGAGAUGUUUUAUUCCAUCGUAAAUAAUUCAAAUUUAGAUAACACAAAAGGAGAAUAAAAAAAUUAAUAAAUUGUUACAUUACAAUAAAAUGUCAUAGUUAAGGAAGAUGAUGAGAUUGAGAUACCAAAGGUUGUUUUUGAUUGA